AGAAUAAUCCAUAUGUGGAAGAGGUAGAAACUCUCUCAACACAAGAAGAAACUCAAGACAUGAACAUAAAUGAAACUUCUUUACAAGAACAAGAAACAGAAGAAAUUAUGACAGAUCAUGAUAUAGAUGACAAAACAGAUACUGUUUGCACAGAAAUUUCUAUCAAAAAUAAUCUCAAUACAAUAAAAGAACCAGUAAUUAAUAAUACAAACUUGAAAAAUAUACAACUAAAUGAGCAAAGAAAA